CUAUUGUCUGAGGCGGGCGGCCUCGCGCUGUGCAAUUUCUGGGUCUUUUGUUGCUCUUGGUGCAGGCUAAUAAAGUUUUUCUUUAUUUAAUUUUUUUUCUUCUGGUUUUAACGGGAGAAAUUAACUCCCCGGAGCCGCCGGGAUUGUCAGCGCUACCUGGGCCGGAGAGCUUCUCCGGCCGGGGAGCGCCUUGGGAAGGGGCUCCAGCGACCAGGGCCUGGCGAGGCCGGGGGCGGGGGGGCGGGGGGCUCAGGGGACGGCGGGGCUGCUCUGGGGAGCGCCCCGGUCCCGCUGGCGGCGCGCCGGUUUUAAAUAGCAUUUUUCGGACCUUUCUCCGCGGCCCCAGUCCCCGACUUCGGCGCUGCCUGGGCUCCCGCAGCCUCUCCCUAAGUCUCCAAACGACCACCUCACGGAUUCCUUAUGGAUCGCAGCUCCAAGAGGAGGCAGGUGAAGCCUUUGGCAGCUUCUCUGCUGGAAGCUCUCGAUUAUGAUAGUUCAGAUGACAGUGAUUUUAAAGUUGGAGAUGCCUCAGAUUCUGAAGGGAGUGGUAAUGGAAGUGAAGAUGCUUCAAAGGACAGUGGAGAAGGUUCCUGUAGUGAUUCUGAAGAAAAUAUUUUAGAAGAAGAACUGAAUGAAGAUAUUAAAGUAAAAGAAGAACAACUUAAAAAUUCUGCAGAGGAAGAAGUACUAUCAUCAGAAAAACAGUUAAUUAAAAUGGAAAAGAAGGAGGAAGAAGAAAAUGGAGAAAGACCUAGAAAGAAAAAGGAGAAAGAGAAGGAAAAGGAAAAGGAAAAGGAGAAAGAGAAGGAAAGAGAGAAGGAAAAAGAAAAAGCAACAGUAUCUGAGAAUGUGGCUGCUUCUGCUGCCGCCACCACACUAGCCACAAGUCCUCCUGCUGUUAACACAUCCCCUUCUGUUCCUACUACAACAACUGCUGCAGAGGAACAAGUCAGCGAGCCAAAAAAAUGGAACCUUCGACGAAACCGACCACUUCUGGAUUUUGUGUCCAUGGAAGAACUGAAUGACAUGGAUGACUAUGACAGUGAGGAUGACAAUGAUUGGCGACCUACUGUAGUGAAGAGAAAAGGGAGAUCUGCAUCUCAGAAAGAGGGAAGUGAUGGAGACAAUGAGGACGAUGAAGAUGAGGGAAGCGGGAGUGAUGAAGAUGAGAAUGAUGAAGGCAAUGAUGAAGAUCAUAGUAGCCCUGCCAGUGAAGGGGGUUGCAAGAAGAAGAAGAGUAAAGUUCUUAGCAGAAACAGUGCUGAUGAUGAGGAACUGACCAAUGAUAGCCUGACCCUAUCUCAAAGCAAGAGUAAUGAGGACUCGCUGAUUCUUGAGAAGAGUCAAAACUGGAGUUCUCAAAAAAUGGACCAUAUUCUGAUUUGCUGUGUUUGUCUGGGAGAUAAUAGUGAGGAUGCUGAUGAAAUAAUUCAGUGUGACAAUUGUGGCAUUACAGUCCAUGAAGGUUGUUAUGGAGUUGAUGGAGAGAGUGACUCUAUUAUGAGUUCAGCUUCUGAAAACUCCACUGAACCUUGGUUUUGUGAUGCCUGUAAAUGUGGUGUUUCUCCUAGCUGUGAACUAUGUCCUAACCAGGAUGGAAUUUUCAAGGAGACAGAUGCUGGAAGAUGGGUUCAUAUUGUUUGUGCCCUGUAUGUUCCUGGAGUAGCUUUUGGAGAUAUUGACAAAUUACGACCAGUAACACUAACGGAAAUGAACUAUUCCAAAUACGGUGCCAAGGAGUGUAGCUUUUGUGAAGACCCUCGCUUUGCUAGAACUGGAGUUUGCAUUAGCUGUGAUGCAGGGAUGUGCAGAGCCUAUUUCCAUGUGACCUGUGCUCAGAAGGAAGGCUUGCUUUCAGAGGCAGCAGCAGAAGAGGACAUAGCAGAUCCGUUCUUUGCUUAUUGUAAGCAACAUGCAGAUAGAUUAGACAGAAAGUGGAAGAGAAAAAACUACUUGGCUCUACAAUCCUAUUGUAAAAUGUCUUUGCAAGAGAGAGAAAAGCAACUUUCACCAGAAGCACAGGCAAGGAUCAAUGCCCGACUUCAGCAGUAUCGUGCCAAAGCGGAGCUAGCUCGAUCCACCAGACCCCAGGCCUGGGUUCCAAGGGAAAAGUUGCCCAGACCACUCACCAGCAGUGCUUCAGCUAUUCGUAAACUUAUGCGGAAAGCAGAACUGAUGGGGAUCAGUACAGAUAUCUUUCCAGUGGACAAUUCAGAUACUAGUUCUAGUGUGGAUGGAAGGAGAAAACAUAAGCAACCAGCUCUCACUGCAGAUUUUGUGAAUUAUUAUUUUGAGAGAAAUAUGCGCAUGAUUCAAAUUCAGGAAAAUAUGGCUGAACAAAAAAAUAUAAAAGAUAAAUUAGAGAAUGAGCAAGAAAAGCUUCAUGUGGAAUAUAAUAAGUUAUGCGAAUCUUUAGAAGAACUUCAAAACCUGAAUGGAAAACUUCGAAGUGAAGGACAAGGAAUAUGGGCCUUACUAGGCAGAAUCACAGGGCAGAAGUUGAAUAUACCGGCAAUUUUGCGAGCACCCAAGGAGAGAAAACCAAGUAAAAAAGAAGGAGGCACACAAAAGACAUCUACUCUUCCUGCAGUACUUUAUAGUUGUGGGAUUUGUAAGAAGAACCAUGAUCAGCAUCUUCUUUUAUUGUGUGAUACCUGUAAACUACAUUACCAUCUUGGAUGUCUGGAUCCUCCUCUUACAAGGAUGCCGAGAAAGACCAAAAACAGUUAUUGGCAGUGCUCAGAAUGUGACCAGGCAGGGAGCAGUGACAUGGAAGCAGAUAUGGCCAUGGAAACCUUACCAGAUGGAACCAAACGAUCAAGGAGGCAGAUUAAGGAACCAGUGAAAUUUGUUCCACAGGAUGUGCCACCAGAACCCAAGAAGAUUCCAAUAAGAAACACGAGAACCAGAGGACGAAAACGAAGCUUCGUUCCUGAGGAAGAAAAACAUGAGGAAAGAGUUCCUAGAGAGAGAAGGCAAAGACAGUCUGUGCUGCAAAAGAAGCCCAAGGCUGAAGAUUUAAGAACUGAAUGUGCAACUUGCAAGGGAACUGGAGACAAUGAAAAUCUUGUCAGAUACCCUUCAUGAGACCCAACUCUGCCACAGCUCAUCCACGGAGGCAAUCCCGGAAACCUCUUUUAUAAGUGUGAUUUUAAAAAUGUGGAUUAAACUCUCAAUAGAGUACAUAAAGUAAAGGAGAACAGCUAUCUUGUCCUUUCUAUAAGCUUAUCACUGCAAAAAGUUGCCUUUUGCUUGUCAGGUUUGGAUAGCAUAUAAUUGAUUGGUUUGUUACUUGGAAUAACAAGGCAAUAGAUUUGCCUGUGUGGAUUUUUUUUUUCCUAUUUUCUUCUUUUUUGCACUCAUCAGAAACAUUUGAUAUGUGCAUUGUUGAAAAAAACUGGAUACAUGUCUUAUCAGAAUUGUCCUAUAAAGUAAUGUCUUUCCCUCUUGCUUCUUUGGCAAAUGAUGAUACACAGUGUUUGGACUUACUCAAGAGUUACUAAAGCCUGUGGGACUUAUUAAAUACAAUAUGCUACUUCCUGUUGUUGAACAAUACAAGUAACAAACAAGAAAGACAAUGCAUUCCAUUAAUCUGCUAUUCUGUUUCCUUCAACUUAAUACAUAGAUUCAUAUAUGAAGUACUGCAUUGUAAAACAACUAGAGACUCUUAUAUUGGACGUUAUUUCUAUUUAUAGUAUUCAGCAAAAGUGAAAGACUUGUGAAACAUAUGACAUUCUAUUUUUGACUUAUUAGUCCUAGUGUGAAAUCAUUAAUAAUAUUAGCAUGAAAUUUUUACAGUUUCAGAUUUUAAGCUCAUGAAUAAAAAUAUAUCUGUGUUGAUCUCUAGAUAUUUUCUAGUAAUCCCCAAAUAUAUUCAGUCCUUAUUGUUUUAAUAUAAACUUUCUGUGUUCAGUAUAAUUUUAUUUUUCUCAACCUUAAAUAUGAACUUAGGAAAUAAGGAGGGAGAUACAAAGAUUAUUGACUAUACAACCUACCAGCCGAAAGAAAGAUCUUCAUCAACAUCUGUAUCUUUCCAGAGGUAUACUGAAUUAAAAUUUGAUCUUCAAGCUUUAAUGAUCCAGUUUUAAGUCAACGGCAGAAAUAUGUUGAGUAUUUCAUCACUCAAUCUUGAACUGACUUAGAGACUCUGCUGAAAUUGAAAUGCACAUAUACAUGUAAAUUGUCAACAUGUAAUUUUGAAUUUUCUGAUGAAUAAAUGUGGUUUUGGACAU